UGUGUGUGUGUGUGUGGAGGAAGGAACACAAACGCCUCCAGGUGUGUGUGUGGAGGAAGGAACACGAACGCCUCCAGGUGCUGGCCAAGAAGAAGGUGACAUCAGUUGGGCCCGCAAGUAGUUGGAAUUACAAUAUUACUGUGCGUGAGCAGAGAGGAGGAAAAGCGUGUUUACACAGACGGCCGAGAGCCUGGGGAAUAAUGCGCGAGAGGAAGUGAGCCGGCUCUCUGUCUGCGCGCUCCGACUUCCUGCUCUGAAGAAGGAGAAAAAACCUCCGGAUCCGCUUACAGUCUCGAGCCCCGCUGCCCAGACAGCAUCAGCAUGGAAAACCAGCGCAUUAUACGGAAUUCUCUUUAAAAACAUAUACGGAAGGAAAGCAGACGUCUAACACCAGGUCAUGGAGAGUGCCAUCACGUUGUGGCAGUUCCUGCUGCAGCUGUUAUUGGACCAGAGCCACAAGCACCUGAUCUGCUGGACGUCCAAUGAUGGGGAGUUUAAACUGCUCAAGUCAGAAGAGGUGGCCAAGCUGUGGGGCCUGAGGAAGAACAAGACCAACAUGAACUAUGACAAGCUGAGCCGAGCCCUGCGCUACUACUAUGACAAGAACAUCAUCAAGAAGGUGAUUGGCCAGAAGUUUGUGUACAAAUUUGUGUCCUUCCCGGAGAUCCUGAAGAUGGACCCCGCAGCGGUGGAGAUGGGGGUGCGGGGGAGUGAUGAGGCUGGUGGGGCCCUGUCAGAGGGGGAGGGGGAUGAGGAGGGGGUGAGGGGCGACCCCCCAGGGAGGAACGAGUACCUCCACUCAGGCCUCUACUCCUCCUUUACCGUCAGCUCCCUCCAGCAUCCACAGGACCUCCUCCGCCCCCCUGAUCUGCUCCGGCCAGUCAAGGUGGAGCCUCGACCUGAUCACCACGACGACAGUGGCACGGUGAUUCGCUUUGUUCAGAACCGCAGCCAUAAGGGCGGGGCACUGCCGGUGGUGUCUCUGCCUUCAUCCCCACCCCCAUCCUCCAACGAGGGCUACUAUUCGUCCAAACCUUCCCCAAGGCUAGCCCACUCCUCGUCCUGCUCCUCCUCCCCAUCACACAGCCCCACCCACGCACUCUGGAGGGCACGGAGCCCCGCCCCUGAGACUUACGAAUCAGAGCAGAGCGCUCAGCCCCUUAACCUAUCGUCUGGUCACAGAGACCGUGGCCAGGCCACACCCACGCCAGAGAAGAGGGGCUUAGCCAAUAGCGUCCCACCAAAAACCAGGAAGCCUAAAGGCCUGGAGAUAUCCGCACCCUCCCUGCUCCUGACAGCCAAUGACAUCGGCUCUAUCGCCCUCAACAGUCCUGCGCUGCCCUCAGGGUCCCUAACACCAGCCUUCUUCACUGCACAGACUCCCUCAGGUCUCAUCCUCACCCCCAGUCCCCUGCUGUCCAGUAUCCAUUUCUGGAGCAGCCUGAGUCCCGUAGGACCCCUGAGCCCCGCUCGCCUGCAGGGCCAUGGACCCCUGUUCCAGUUCCCCACCCUGCUGAAUGGGCCCAUCCCAGUCCCCCUGUCCAGCCUGGACACCUCCUCCCCCCUGCUGCUCUCCCACAGCCCACACAAGUCCUGAUCCUCCUGGAAGACAGUACCAUACCCUACUGGACUCUACCACCAAAUAGGCCCAGUCCACGCAAGUUCAAAUCCUGGACCCCGACAUAGCAGGACUUGAGGCAAAAAUCAGGUUAAGCCAGAAAAAAAUCAGGACACUGCUGCAAACCGACUGGAUCAGCCUUCAACUGUGUCAAUAUCAUUAUUGACUUGAAGAUGCAUUUUCUUUAGCUUAGUUGAAACCGAUUUAUUUUGGACCUGUUUAGUUUGUAUCUCAUCUCAUCCAGCUUGAAGUUGUCCCACAUUUAUCCACUUCAGAAUGCUGUUCCAUGCAUUGUACCUUGUCAGCCCUUUAUCAAAAGCCUGGCGUAUGGUUAUAACGCUUUAUAAAUGUUUGUAUCAUUGUAUAGUGGUUUUGAUAUGUUCAUUUGAGGCUGUGAACCUGGUUGUGUUGUUCUGGCUAAAUGUUUUUCUAUGGUUUUGUAUUGUAUUACACAUUAUUACCUUGUACCGGCUGUGCCUUCUCAAAUGUAAGAGUUAUGUAAAUGUGUUCUUUUCAAGCUUUAAAACUCUUUUUUUAUAGACGAAAUUCCAGUUCAAUAUUGAACAAAAGCUUAUAUGUAACAGCUUUUGGUUAUUUUUCAUAAAGGAAUUGAUACAAAUGUAUUCUCAUAAUGAUUUGCUAUUUUCUUUAUGUCCGAGAGUCAAGUAAAAAUGUCUUAAACAAGGUUUUAAAUAAACAUGAAGCAUUGAAUGCUAUACAACUGAUUUUAUGUCUGGUGUGAGUGUCACCAUCUACUUCCAUUUCACCCAGAAAACAACAAUAAAGACAAGUGUAUUUAUCAAACAGA